AUGUGUCCCCUCCCUUCCCCUGUCUCUGCAGUCUCACUGCUGACUAACGCCGUUCCUCUGCUUCUCCGCUCCCUUCCACAGUAAUGCAAGGAAGGAGAAACCAGAGCUGCCAUUUUACAUCCUUGGCUUUCCAGUUAUAUUUCCAGACCAGAGUCCAUCAUCUUCAUGGAAAGUGCGCGCGGCUGAUGCUCACAGGAGCGCACCUUUAGCAUUCUGCGCGCGUCCUCCUCCUGCCUGGCGCGUCACACCUCUCUCUCCCUCUCUCUCUCUCUCUCUCCCUCUCUCUCUCUCAAUAUCACAGAGAAACUGCGUUUGGCAUUCAAUGCUGGAUGGAGAGCGCAUUUUGUUGUUGCAAAAAGAAGUGCCAAGGAACCAUUUUUCUAUUGAGGUGUUCUGGGGAUGCCUAGCUCGCUUGGUGUCUCCAAACAUUCAACAACUUCAGUGACAACCUCAGUGACCAAAAUCUCGUUUUCUGCUAUAGAAUUGAAUCAGAAGAGAGGCUUAGCGUGGGCAGGCUCUCUACUGGCAUUCAAUAUAUAUAUGUUUUUUUUUUUUGGUUCCAAUCACCUCCAUGUCUUAGCUAAGGCACUCCAUCUCUGCAGGGGCACUUUUUUUCCAGCCCUCCAGCUACAUUUUGGAGAUGUGCAUUACUUUACUGUGCGUUUUGCUUGGUUAAAGCUUGCUUAAAGCGGGAAAAGCCAGGCUCCUGAGACGUUGCGCAGCCGCGAUGCGUUUCUGCGUGCUGAGUGACUGAACACGGAGGAUCCUCACUGUGCACUUCCCAGAGCCUGGGCGCGAGCUCCAUCCCGAAACCGAAGAAAACAUCCCCCUCCCAGUCCAGAGUUCCCGAAAUGAAUCUCUGAUAUUAAGAAAAAUACUGUCUCUCCAGAGGUGGACAUAGUGGGGCUGAUUACCAGAUUUUAGGAGCUGAAUUCUGCUUUUGCUGGAUUCCAUUAUCAGUACAGCAACACCAUGCGUCACCUCUGUCCCCCGCAUACCUCCACUACCUGCCUGUCUGCUCUCCUCAUCAUCAUCCUGAGUGUUAUCCAGCUUUCCCACGCCACCUCUGAUGCAUCCCACAGUAGCCCAGGGAACUGUUCAGGGGAGUACAGCUGCUCUGAGGGCGUAGUACUCCCUGUCUGGAACCCCCAGAACCCAUCAGUGGGAGAUAAGGUGGCACGUGCCAUUGUCUAUUUCGUUGCCCUCAUCUACAUGUUCCUGGGAAUGUCCAUCAUUGCAGAUCGCUUCAUGUCCUCCAUCGAGGUCAUCACCUCACAAGAGAAGGAAAUCACCAUUAAGAAACCCAAUGGAGAAACUACCACUGCCACAGUCCGCAUCUGGAACGAGACGGUGUCCAACCUGACGUUAAUGGCGUUGGGUUCUUCAGCACCGGAGAUCCUGCUGUCUGUGAUUGAAGUGUGUGGGCACAAGUUUGAAGCUGGUCAUCUUGGCCCCAGCACCAUAGUAGGCAGUGCUGCCUUCAACAUGUUCAUCAUCAUCGCUAUCUGUGUCUACGUGGUGCCUGAUGGUGAAGUGAGAAAGAUAAAACACUUGAGGGUCUUUUUUGUGACUGCGGCUUGGAGUGUGUUUGCCUACAUCUGGCUCUACCUGAUCCUCUCUGUAUUUUCCCCUGGUGUGGUGGAGGUCUGGGAAGCUGUGUUAACGUUCCUCUUCUUUCCCAUCUGUGUGCUCCAAGCCUGGAUCGCAGACCGCCGCUUGCUGUUCUACAAGUACGUUCACAAGCGCUACCGUGCCGACAAGAAUCGUGGUAUCAUCAUCGAAACGGAGGGUGAUGGUAUGUUCACAAAAAUGGACAUGGAGAUGGAUGGGCAGGGCACCAACUCUCACCACAAGGACGUUCUGGAUGGCAUGCUUGCUGGUGUGGAGGAGGGAGGAGGCGGAGGAGCAGGAGGAGGAGGUGGAGAAGAAGAAGAGGCGCGAAGGGAAAUGGCUCGUACGCUGAAGGAGCUGAAGCAAAGGCACCCUGAGAAGGACAUGGAGCAGCUGAUCGAAAUGGCCAACUACCAGGUGUUGGUUCAGCAACAGAAGAGCAGGGCGUUCUAUCGCAUCCAGGCCACGCGCAUGAUGAUCGGAGCAGGGAACAUCCUGAAGAAGCAUGCUGCAGACCAGGCCAGGAAAGUAGUGAGCUGCCAUGAGGCCAACGCACAAGAAGAGGAUCCUCACACCAUCUACUUGGAGUUUGAGCCCUCUCACUACCAGUGCUUCGAGAACUGUGGUUCCCUCAAACUGGCUGUAGGCAGACAUGGAGGAGACAGUGGCUGCACAGUGAAGGUGGACUAUCGAACUGAGGAUGGCACAGCUAACGCUGGCUCUGAUUAUGAGUUUGCUGAGGGGACGCUGGUCUUCAAACCAGGCGAGACCAUAAAGGAGCUGACAGUUGGGGUAAUUGAUGACGACAUAUUCGAGGAAGACGAGCAUUUCUACGUGCACCUCAGUAACCCACGUGUCGUUCAUCGAGCUGAGGUCUCCAUUCUCGAUCCCAAUGCCCCAGGCAAUAGCCUUUUAGGCUCCGUCCCCAUCCAGCCAAAAGCUGCGCUGGGUGCUGCUCAUACUGCCACAGUGACCAUCUACGAUGACGACCAUGCGGGGAUCUUCACAUUCGAGAGCGCUUCGAUGCGAGUGAGUGAGAGCGUGGGCAUCAUGCAGGUGAAGGUGCACAGAACGUCUGGAGCACGUGGAAAGGUGGCAGUGCCGUUCCACACCAGUGAGGGGACCGCCAAGGCUGGAGAGGACUACGAGGAGGUGGCCGGAAAAUUGGAAUUCCUCAACGAUGAGACCAUGAAGAUGCUUGAGGUGAAGAUUAUUGAUGAUGAGGAGUACGAGAAGAACAAGACCUUCACCAUCCAGCUGGGGGAGCCCAUCCUGCUGGAGAUUGGACAGAAGCAUGGAGAUUCCAAUGACAACAAGCCUGUAGUAGGGAUCGAGGAGGAAGAGGUGGCCAAGAUGGGCUGCCCGAGUCUGGGAGAGCACACCAAGCUGGAAGUGGUGAUCGAAGAGUCAUACGAAUUCAAGAACACAGUGGAUAAGCUGAUAAAGAAGACUAAUCUUGCAUUGGUCGUGGGCAGCAGUAGCUGGCGAGAGCAGUUUGUCAGUGCUGUCACUGUCAGUGCAGGUGAUGAUGAUGAAGAAGAGAGCGGCGAAGAGCGCUUGCCCUCUUGCUUUGAUUACAUCAUGCACUUCCUGACCGUCUUCUGGAAGGUCCUGUUCGCGUUCGUUCCACCCACAGAGUACUGGAACGGCUGGGCUUGCUUCUUUGUGUCCAUCCUGCUCAUCGGCGUGUUGACCGCCGUCACUGGAGACCUGGCCUCCCACUUCGGCUGCACUAUUGGCCUGAAAGACUCGGUCACAGCUGUGGUGUUUGUGGCCCUCGGCACCUCGGUACCUGACACCUUUGCCAGCAAAGUGGCCGCCAUCCAGGACCAGUACGCCGACGCCUCCAUCGGCAAUGUGACGGGCAGCAAUGCUGUGAACGUCUUCCUGGGCAUCGGUGUGGCAUGGACCAUCGCCGCUGUCUAUUGGCACAGCAAAGGCCAGCAGUUCCAUGUGCCACCCGGCUCGCUGGCCUUCUCUGUCACACUCUUCACCAUGCUGGCACUGGGCAGCGUGCUCACACUGCUCUACCGCCGUCGGGCCUCGGUCUCUGGAGGAGAGCUCGGGGGUCCACGGACCGCCAAGCUGCUCACCGCUCUGUUCUUCCUCACCCUGUGGCUCAUCUACAUCCUGCUGGCUUCGCUGGAGGCCUACUGCCACGUGCCUGGCUUCUGAGAGUCACAGAGAGGGAAGGGAGGGAGAGAGAGAGAGAGAAAGAGAGAGAGAGAGAGAGAGAAAGAGAGAGAGAGACAGAGAAAGAGAGAGAGAGACAGAGAAAGAGAUUUCCUUCCUGUGCAACCACCUAAUUAUUCUCCCUACUGUUGUGACAUACUGUAUCUAUAAAGUGUUCAAAUUGAUGUUUACAUUUGUUAUUGCACAUAAUUAGUGUUGUUGGAAUGGGACCAGUUCCUUCUUGCUCCCACUGAAGUGGAUUCUCAGUGCUCGUGGAGGGUCUUGAGAUUCUUUUUAAUAACUGGAGGGAACUCAGAGACAUUGCUUACUACACGGUUUACACUACUUGCUGUGUUCCAGCACCUGCUAAUCUCGACUACAUGGGAAAUCCAUUCGGGAAACCCAUUCAGCUUAUCUAGUAUUGGGUCUGUCUUUUUUCCAGUCACAUUUUCACUCUUUAUGUCAAUAUUUUCACCAUCAGCAACCUCCUGCUCCCUACCAAUAGACUCAUUGGUUUAGCAGGGGUGUGGAUGUGCUUCAUAGAUUCCCCAGCCAUUUAGAACAGACCAUCCCGGACUUCCCAGCCUCCUCUUAGGCCUGCCCUGCAGAUCUCCACAGACCCACCUGCACAAACCAGCAUCAUCUCCCUCCAACCCCUCCAGUUACCCUCUAUUUCUACUCCCUUUCUUCUGUUAAGUGCUCGUCUUGUGCAAGUGUUGGGAAAGUUGUUUUUUUUUUUAAUUUAUUUAUUCCUGAAAAGAAACUAAAUCAUGGAAUGUGUUUGACAGUUUUACUUAAAAGAGGUGUCACUAAAAUGACUAGCAUAGCACAAGAGAGCAAAAUACAUGACGUAGAGAUAAAACUAUCAUAGAUGUAUAUUCAUAAGAUAAUAACUGCUAUUUAUUAUCCUUGCCUGUAUAUUAUGUGUUCAGGUGCGUCUGUGUGUGUGUGUGUGUGUGGGUGUGUGUGGGUGUGUGUGUGAGAGAGAGAGAGAUGAUGUUUUGGAUAAGGAAUGUGGUAUUCAGAGGAAAAAGCAAAGUGACACCGGUCUGUUUAGUACCAGCAUGCCAAGCAUGGUCACUGGUGUGUUUGUUCCCCGAUCCUAUACAUAAAAUAAUGCAAACACACACAUGUACAUACAUACACAUGACUAUGGAGUUGUUUUCAUACAUGCAAAAAUAAGAUCCUAAUUUUAUGAGCUGUAACCAAUUUUGCCAGCACAACUCCUCAUAUUACCACCAUAAGGACUGAUAUCUUUACAAUAUUAAUGUGAAAACCAAGUGGGUUUCUUUAAAGAGUUGAGUGGGCGGGGCUAGGUGGAUGGAUAAGGGGCGGGGAUGAAACAAAACAUUCUAGGAGUUGUGGUUGUCAAAACUCUACACAUGACAUAAUUGACUAUUGAUUUGUGGGUUAUAAAAUAAUUUUGUUGUUGUAUAGCAGCAUUCUCUUGUUUGUGUCUCGAAUUAUGCACCAUCAUAAGGGAAAUGCAACUGCAAAUACGUAUCUGAAUGAUCAUUUUCAAAUUGGAAUUUAAAUUUGAACAAAGUUCAGAAAAUGCUGCUAUAGUGUUGCGUUCACAUAUGAUUACUUUCGACAGCAAAUUUACCCCUUGACUUCUAAAUUCUCAUGAGCUUCCAUAUACCCCCCAUGAACACAUCAUUAGUAUUACUGAGGACUAUUGAGUGCAGCAUACUGUGAUGUUGGGUGUGUGUAUACCAGAUGCUGAAUUAAGAAGGAGGACCAUACUCUGCUAUGGUGUAGUUGGUUAAGGUGAGUAGCUUCUGUACUGUAUAUGGCUCUCUAAAUUUUACCGCUUCCAUAGUAUUGGGACUUUGACUGAUACAAAAAGUUAUAAAUUGCAUUUAAAUACAGCAAGCACCAAUAUGAAUAUGGUGAACUUUUUGCUGCUGUAUUGGGCUGGACUCUUUGAAAUGUGGAGCUGUAAUCAUUACCCCAUUAAUCUAGCCCUGUUUGUGAUUAACAAAGCACUGAUUCUUCCAGAUUGCAUCACCGCUGUUUAAUUUUGGUUUAUGCACCUGAUUAAUGCAUUUUGGAUUGAAUUUCAAAUCGAUUUAUAUUUUUUUGCACACUCUAAUCAGUUACUUCCAUCUGUUUCUUAAGUUACGAGUCUUGGCUCAGUUCUAGUAACCCAGGAGCCUCCUUCGACACAUCAGGUUCAGUCUCUGUCUUUUCCUUUCUCAAUCCCAGAUACGAUACUCCCGUGACUCACAUCGCCCCAGUGCAGAGUUUUCAUUAUUAUAUUCAUAUGAUGUAAUUGCUAAUAGGGCUUUGUUUUCUUUUAAUACCACACAGCCAGGCUUCUGGAAAUCUUCAGGAUACUCAUUGCUCUGGCUAGGACAUUUUGCUGCUCUUCGCUGUCAGCGAUUACUAGGCCAGUUCUUGUAGAUGUUCUAAGGCACACUUAGCUUUAUGCAUUUUAAAGAAAUUGUUAUUUUGUCAUCCACAUCAGCUGGAUUUAAAAGAGUUGAAAAAAGCAAAGUGCAGACCUUCAGCUUCCUUUUCUCCGAGACCCAUAGUGAGACAAACAGAGAGAGACAGGUAUUUAUUCACUGAAAUCCCAGAAAGUGCUCAUCUCUUCAAUUUUCAGACCCACAUCAUCUGUGGAAGCUCCACAAACCAGCGUGACAUGAGAACGGUUCAACUUUGUCUGGCAUUUUUAGCACAAUGUGUAUUUGUACUCCCUGACUUUUACAUGAUACUGGGCAAAAAAAAAAAAAAAAAAAAAGAAGAAAAGCAUCAGGAGUGAAUAUUUUUAAUGCUUCUUGUUGCUAGGCAACGUCUCACACCGUCAUUGUCUUUCAGUCAUGUUGUCUGAUGUCAGUGCGCUAGAACGCAUAGCAAGAUCUCUGGGUUUCAUUUUCCUUUUAAGGUCAUUACUGUCUCCUUCUCUGACUCAUGACACAAGGGGUUAAUAAAUUUAAGGUUUCCUAUUUAAAAUGAAAAGGAAUGACAGAAUAAGGGUGUUAUUUGAGUUUUAAAGGAGCAGUUUGCCAUUUUAGAGCCACAGGUUGAAAUACUAAGUAUAAUUAAAUAUAAUAAUAUAUAUUAUAUAUUAUUAUAUAUUAUAUGUUAUAGUGUAUUACGCGCUAUGAACGGCAUGACAUGAGUAUAACAACACAAAUACCCAUAUCAAUGAAAAAAAUACUUUCUUAGCCUGCCUAAUUAUUCACAUUACCUUUUAUUAUUACAUUACAUACAUUAUCCACAAUGUAGUACAGUUUCCUUCUGAUGUCAGGAUUUACAACGUCAGGAAAGCACAUGUACGGCACAGGGUUGAAUUUUGUGAGCGAUGGGCCAAGAAGUUUCAGAAAAAGAACCAACGCCUCACUUGGGUUUUUGAUCUGCCCCAUUAUUUUGCCUAAUUCUUUAAGAAAUGACAACAAAGUUGCCUUUGUUUUGGCCAUACCCAUGAUGCGUGAGCAUGUGACUGAUAACGUGACUACUUACCAAUUGGUCAUCAUGGAAAUUGUAUUUUCAGAAGAGAUUUUUUUUUAUUAAUAUAAUUAAUAUUAAAAAAAAAUCUGUAGAGGUGUCUGAUCCACGUCAAUAAGUUCCAGAACGCAGGAACUCCAAAUCUGAUAAGUACUGCAUCUUGUUUUAGCAUGAUCCGGCACAAAUGAAGUACUGAAGCUGACACAGCUUUAGAGCAGUCCUCCUUCCUAAAAGUAUUCAUUAAGACAUAGAUGCCAAAAAAAAAGGAUCCUCGAUCAGCACUCUUCCUCUGACACAUGGAUAACUCUUUUGGGACCAGGGUAGUGAUUGAUUUGUGUAGAAAGAUAAAGCCAGAGCAGCUCUUUUCAUUUCUUAACACGUAAAGAAGCUGUCUCAGUUAGGCCUCUUUAUCAAACAUUUGUUUUCAGCGUGAGUUGGGGAUACAGUUGGUAGUCUUCAGAAUUUAUUCUUAGAAUAUGCCUUCUUCCUUCAGGGCAGGAAAUGAGUUUCAUCUAAUUAGAGAUAACGGCAUGUAGAUGAAAGAAUUAUUUGGAUAUACCGUCUCGGAUCACUGGUGUGUGUGGAUUAGUACACUUUCUCUACAUUGCAUCAAGGCUGGUAUUAUAACAGACAGAGCCCAGACAAAAAGAACAGCUGAUGUAUUCUGAUCUUCCUUUCUGUUUCACACGCUGCAGCCUCUGACCUAAAGCCAUGUUUUAUAAUUACACAUAGAUUAAGCACAAAGCAAUGCUCAUUAUUUAGCCAAAGCAUGUUUCCUGGCCUCACACACAUGCUAACAAACAUACACUUCAAGUAUCCUUCAAGUAUAAGAGGGACGGGUGUUGUCCUUUACUUGCAUGCUUGUUUCAUCGCCGCGUGUCAGUUUGCUAAUGUAUGCUGUGUGUAUUUCAGUCUGUCACAUGUGCUGUUGUGAUCCUCAAAUCUAAAGCAUGUCUUUUCUAUGUGUGUGAGUGUGUGUUCGUCUAUUUAGGUUCGUUUCUUUAAGCACAACAACGAAAUAUUUACAAAAAGUGACAAUUUUGUGUUGUUUUUUUAUGUAUUACUAUUUGAUAAAUUACUGCUUUAAGAGACAUUGUUUUUUAAAUGCCAAGUGUUCUUAAUUUCAGUGUAUGAUAUUACUGUUGGAUUGGUACUGCACAGGAGACAAAAUUAUAUUUUGAGUAAACAAAGUACAAAGAAGUGCGACAGGCAUUGCUAUUAUCACAAAAGAACAAUUUAUGUCAAUUAACGCUGUAAUUAAGUGUGUAUGUGUGUGUGCAAGAAUGGCGUGAAUUUGUGUCAACACACUGAAGCUGUUCUGUGAAGGUGAAUGGAGAACGAGUCUCUGUUUGUAGUGCAUAAUCACUGGGUUCUUAUUUAUGGAAGACUACAUUAAAGUUGAAAUUGUAUAUUA